CCUAAGUUAUCUCGUUUUCUCCAUCGCUAGCUUUAGCUCUUUUUAACCCUAGUCAUUCUCCAAUCUCUCCGGCGAGAUUCCGACCAACGAAGUGACAGAAAUCGAGUGAAAAGAGAAAACAUUUUUACUUCUCGAGAAAAGAUGAACACGAUAGCGAAGCGAGUCACGGGACUACUGACUCGGCCGAGUCACAGCCAGCUGCAGCAGGAGAGAGGGAUAAGGGUGAAGGUGUUCUCAGGGGAUCUGGACAAGGCGCUGACGAUACUGCAGAGGAAGAUGCAGUCGAGCGGGAUGGAGAGGCUGAUCAAAGCGCAGCAGACUCAUCACAUCAAGAACUCGGAGAAGAAGGUUCUCGCUAGGAAGAAUCUUGAGCGGAAGAUCAAAUCCAUUGACUUUGCUCGCAAGCUACAGUCCAUCCUCAUCAAGAAAGUCAGGGGUUUGUGAGAGCUGAGCUUCUGCUAUAACCAUUCAUCAUCUUCUUUCAGUUACAUUUUGGAGGAGCGAAUGUUGAUCAGUGCUAGUAUCUGUGAUAUAACACACUUGCGAUCCAUUUUUUUUUUUUUUUGUUGUUUUGAACUUUUCUGAUGAAUGGAAUCAAUGUGGAGUUUGGUAUAAUCUUGGAUUACCAUUAGUUGUUUAAUCUAUGAAUAAAGGCUUGUCUUUCUUUAGUUUUC